AUGCACCAGGAUGACCACUAUCCUCAGCCUUUUCCACCUGUGAAUGGUUCACUGGAGCAGGAGCCUCAAAGGCAGCUCCCAGAGAUGCUAGGUGACGUCUGGGAGACACCUCGAGGGGAUGGGCUGCCACUACUCACUGUCAUCAUCGCUGCCUUCGUUCUACUAGCAAUCUGCAUUGUGCUGGCUGUUCACUUUGGGCCUCCAUUUCACCAGGGCCAUGCCACUCUCCUCGCAGAACCACCAGCACUAAAGUCAGAGAACGGCAUUCACCUCAUCCACUGGCGACUGCUAGACCUACAGGAAAGUCAUAGAGAAACCCAGCAGGGACUUCCUAUUCCUCACUCUGGCUCUGCCCUAGAUGGGCACAGGCCCAGCAUUGAUGAAGUCACAUAUCUGUAG